AUGCCUCAGGAUAUAUUAAGUGUAUUAGAGGAUAAUCCUCAAAAGGUAUUUGGAUUGUUCAAAUCAGAAAGUCAACAAGACUCUGGAUAUUUCAAUGAGUUAAUUAAAACAUUUUUGGAUCCAAUAACGAAGGAAUAUUCCGUGCUAGAUAAAGUCUAUGUAGAUGGGUUGGAUUCCACGCAAGUUUAUGGACAGACAAAGAUUGUAUUAGAAGGGGCGUGUGAAUCUUUGUUAUUUGACAAAAUACCAAAAUUAAAAGAAGAGCACAUGAACCAUGAUAGCGACGAGGAAGUUUCUGAAAGCGAUGACGAGGAUAAGCAACAGCAAAAUGAAACAGACGAUCAAGAAGAAGAAAAUCAGAGUGAUAGCGAUAGUCAUGCUGAGAUUGUAGGACAAAGUGAAGAUGACGUCCAAACUUUAAAUGAAGAUGAUGAAGAAUCUGAGAACUUUAAAGGUGAUGAGGAUUCAGAGAACGAAACCCAAGUACCAUCAGACGAUGAAGAAAUUCAUCCUCCAAAAAAAGAUGCAUUCGGGUUGAAUGAUGAGUUCUUUGAUAUUGAUAGUUUUAACAAGCAAAUAUUAGCGUUGGAGAAUACAAAUAAUGCAGAUGACGAAGAAGAAAUUGACUUUUUUGGCGAUUUAGGCGAUGAUGAUGAGGAUGAUGAACAAAUGGAAUACUUUGAUGAUUUUUAUGAGAAGCCAGGUAAAGUAAACACAUCAAGGUCUUCGAAAGGAAGUGAUCAUGAAGAAAAGAAUGAAGAUGGAGAAGAUGAUGAAGAUGAGGAUGAGAUUGAGAUUGAUGAAGAUGUGGAAUUAAAUGAAGAUGAAUAUGAUAAUGCAGUUGGAUCAGCUAUGUUAGAUUUGUUUGAUGAUGAAAACCAAAAGCCCAAAGAUACAGAGAAUUUAUCGUCAUAUCAGAAACAGCAACAACAGAUUCAAGCAGAGAUUGCCGCACUCGAAUCUGAAUUGGUAGCUGAUAAAAAGUGGACUAUGAAGGGGGAAAUAGCAUCCAAGGAUCGUCCACAAGACUCCUUAUUAGAUGAUCCAGAGUCUGCAAGUUUAGAAUUCGACAGAACUUCAAAGCCAGUACCAGUUAUCACACAAGAAGUCACUGAAUCAAUAGAAGAUUUAAUCAAGCGUAGAAUCAAAGAAGGUGAAUUUGAUGAUUUACCCAAAAGAAUUAUAACAGACAUUUCUAAGUUUCAUAACAGACAAAAGUUUGAAUUAUCAGAGCAAAAAUCAAGCAAAUCAUUAGCGGAAAUAUAUGAAGAUCAAUAUAACAAUGUUGACGAAAAUAAGGAAGUCUCUGAGGAAUUACAAAAACAGCACGACGAAAUAAGUGAAUUAUUUACAAAAGUUACUCACAAGCUAGACUCAUUAUGUUCUGCGCAUUUCAUUCCAAAGCCUCAUCAAAUGAAAACUAUUGACAUUAAGGUUUCUGACGCUGCAUCAAUUAGUAUGGAGGAUGCACAACCGUUGCAUGUUUCUAAUGAGACCACAUUGGCUCCUCAAGAAAUCUAUAAAAUUGGUGAUGACAAACCUGCUGCGAAUGGUGCUAAAGGUAGAUCAGAAGUUUUGCUUAAAUCUGGUUUAUCCUACUCUAAAGACGAAUUAUCGAGAGAAGAUAAACAGAGACUCAGAAGAGCAAAUAAAAGGAAGAAGUCGAAACACUUUAACGAAAGAAAGGAGUAUCAAGAACAGAAACAGAAACAAGAUACAACAUCCUCGAAUAAUAACAAGAGACAAAAGGUUAGUGACGUUGUUAAUACCUUAUCUAAUGCCAAAAAUGUUACAAUUAUUGACAAGAAAGGUGAACUUAGGGAUGCAAAAGGUAAUAUUAGAAAAUCUCAAAAGCCUAAGGGUUCAAGUGGCUUUAAAUUGUAG